AUGGAUCUCCCGCCUAUGAACUUAUGGGCAUUUUGGUCAUUUCUCUUUCUCUCUUCCUGUUUGUUCGGAUCUUCUGCUAACUUCUCCAACGAAACUGAUCGGCUUUCUUUACUGAAUUUCAAACAUCUGAUAACUGAAGAUCCUCUCAAUUCCUUGAGCUCAUGGAAUCAUACUCUCCACUUCUGUCACUGGCAAGGUGUCACAUGCGGUGGUCGCCGUCAUCCUCAAAGGGUCACCGCCUUAAACCUCACUGGCCAGAAAUUGGUGGGUCCCAUAUCUCCCUUCAUAGGGAACCUCUCCUUCCUCAGGAUAAUCGAUCUCUCAAACAACAGCUUCAGCGGCCCAAUUCCUGAAGAGAUGGGCCGUUUGUUCCGCUUGCGGCUUCUUAGUCUGUACAACAAUACAUUCACCGGAGAAAUUCCUGCAAAUCUGACCCACUGUUCUGAACUCAAAGUCCUUUUGGUUUUCCGGAACCGGCUUGCAGGGAGGAUUCCAACUGAGCUCGGCUCUCUAUUGAAGCUCUCCCAAUUGGACCUUGGUCAGAACAGUCUUAUAGGAAGCAUCCCACCUUCACUUGGAAACCUUUCAUUUCUCACUUACCUUUUUCUCUCAGAAAACAGUCUGGACGGCAGCAUCCCAGACGACCUUGGUCGGUUGGCAAACUUAGAGAAUUUUUUUAUUUCUGAAAAUGAAGUGUCAGGUAGGAUUCCGACCCAGCUAUACAAUCUCUCCUCUAUUAUCAUUUUCGACGUGGGAUUGAACAGAUUGCAUGGAAAUCUUCCUCCCAACUUAGGCCUCAUUCUUCCUAAUCUCCAAGGCCUCUAUGCUGGAGGAAACCAAUUCACAGGACCCAUACCAGUUUCAUUAUCCAAUGCUUCCGGACUUGCAGUUAUUAACCUUGCUAAAAAUAGCUUUAGCGGAUCUGUGCCCAUGAAUUUUGGAAGCCUCAAGGGUACUCUGUCCAAGUUACGUUUGUGGGGCAAUAAACUUGGAAUUGGGAAAGGUCGUGACUUGACUUUUCUUGAUUCUUUGACGAAUUGCAGUAGCUUACAAGAACUGGACGUAGGCAUUAACCGUCUCAACGGUGUGUUGCCUGACUCCAUAGCUAAUCUUUCGAUCCAGCUGAGAAAACUAAUUUUAGGUGAUAACAUGAUAUUCGGAAGCAUACCAUCUGGGAUUCAGAAUCUAAUCGGCUUAACAGUACUGGAUGUAGGGCAUAACUUUCUGACAGGUACAAUUCCCAUCAGUGUUGGGAUGCUUAACAAGGUGGAGAGACUCUACUUUAACAGAAACGAAUUAUCAGGGCAAAUUCCUUCUUCCUUGAGUAACAUCUCCCGAUUGUACAUACUCACCUUAUCUGGAAACAACCUAAUGGGGAGAAUCCCUUCAAGUAUUGAAAAUUGUAUAAACAUGCAGUUAAUACACCUGGAAAAUAAUAACUUGAGCGGUACAUUACCCAGAGAACUUUUCAGCAUUCCCUCUUUGAUUCAACUCAAUGUUGGAAACAACUCUUUUACUGGUAGUCUGCCACUGGAAGCUGGUUCCUUGAAAGCUCUCGGAAACUUCAUUGUUUCUAAUAACAAGUUGUCCGGCGAAAUUCCAAGCUCACUAGGCAAUUGUCGCAGCCUAGAGUAUCUCCAGUUGGAUGGGAACUUCUUUCAAGGAUUAAUUCCUUCAUCAUUUAGUAGUCUAGGAGGCCUUCGAUCCCUGGAUCUUUCACGCAACAACUUGUCCGGAGAGAUUCCAGAAUACCUAGAGAAGCUUGCUCUAGAGUAUCUAAAUCUAUCCUUCAAUAAUUUGGAGGGUGAAUUACCAAAACAAGGGGUCUUCGGAAAUGUCAGUCAAGUUUCAGUACUCGGAAAUAGUAAGCUUUGUGGGGGUAUUCAAGAAUUACAAUUGCCUCCAUGCUCUAGCCAAGCUUCCAAGAAACAAGGGAUGUCUCUUGCUUCAAAAGUCAAAUUCUCAAUAAUUGGUGCUGUCCUGUUUGUUAUUUCAUUAUCAUGCUUCUUUGCCUCUCUUUAUUGGGUAAGAAAGUCGAAACGGAAACCUUUUGCUGUGCCUUCUGUGGAGGAUUCUUUUGUGAUCGUAUCUUAUGCAGAACUCUUUAAAGCAACAGAUGGGUUCUCCUCAGCCAAUUUGGUCAGCACUGGAAGUUUUGGCACUGUAUUUAAAGGAAUUCUAGAUCGUCUUGGAACUAUGGUAGCAAUUAAAGUCUUCAACCUUCAACGACAAGGAGCUAUGAGGACCUUCAUUGCCGAAUGUGAGGCCUUGAGAAACAUUAGGCAUCGGAAUCUUGUUAAGAUCAUAACUUGUUGCUCAAGCAUUGAUUUCAAAGGAAAUGAUUUUAAAGCUCUAGUUUAUGAGUACAUGCCUAAUGGAAGUCUAGAGAAGUGGUUGCACGGAGAUGGUCAUGACCAGCUGGGAAGGAAAUUGAAGUUUACUCAAAGGCUAAACAUUGCUAUAGAUGUGGCUUCUGCACUAGAUUAUCUGCAUAAUCAUUGCAAAACGUCAAUCAUUCAUCGCGAUUUAAAACCGAGCAACAUUCUUCUUGAUGAUGAUAUGAUUGCUCAUGUGAGUGAUUUUGGGCUAGCCAGGUUCUUAUCUGAAGUUGCUCAAACUAGUUCGCUUGGAAUGAAGGGAUCUAUUGGGUACAUUGCUCCAGAGUAUGCGAUGGGUGGUAAAGCAUCUACACAAGGAGAUGUUUACAGCUAUGGAAUCCUACUAUUGGAGAUGAUCACCGGGAAGGGGCCAAUUGAUGACAUGUUUAAAGACAAUCUAAGCCUUCAUCAUUAUGCUAAGUUGGCUUUGCCUGAACAAGUAAUGAGAAUUGCUGAUCCACAACUGCUCUUAGAAGAAGCCGAAGUAGCUCAAUGCAAUGGAAAACAUAUUAAUACAAGAAAUAAAAUUCAUGAUUGCUUGAUUUCAAUGGUCAAAAUCGGUGUGCUGUGCUCUGCAGAAUCUCCAAGAGAAAGAAUGGUGAUGAGGGAUGUUGCUGCAGAAAUGCGUGCAAUCAGGGACUUGUUUCUUUGGGCUAGGAUUCACUGA